GGCAUGACGUCAUGUUUGGUGGUAGUGAGCGGCCAUAUUGUAACGAGGGAGACUGUAGUGGCUGGUUUAAGAUAUUAAACCCCUCGAUUACCCGGCAUCCAGUCACCCCUGGUGCUUGACCAGCAGCAACGCAAACUUUAAACUAUAUAACAAUGGAUGACAAAACACAAAUGAAGGAGUUAGACCAAUGGAUAGACCAGCUGAUGGAGUGUAAACAGUUGGCGGAGAAUCAAGUGAAAACACUAUGUGAGAAGGCUAAAGAAGUUCUGGCAAAGGAGAGCAACGUUCAGGAAGUAAAGUCUCCUGUCACAGUUUGUGGAGAUGUUCACGGACAGUUCCAUGAUCUUAUGGAACUAUUCAAGAUUGGAGGACGGUCUCCAGACACAAAUUACCUCUUCAUGGGAGAUUAUGUUGAUAGAGGCUAUUAUUCUGUAGAGACUGUUACAUUGUUAGUUUGUUUAAAGGUGAGGUUUCGUGAACGGAUUACAAUCCUCCGUGGCAACCACGAAUCCCGACAGAUCACGCAAGUUUAUGGUUUUUAUGAUGAAUGCUUGCGAAAAUACGGAAAUGCAAAUGUUUGGAAGUAUUUUACGGAUUUAUUUGACUAUCUUCCCUUAACGGCGUUAGUAGAUAGUCAGAUAUUCUGCCUGCAUGGUGGACUUUCACCAUCUAUAGACACACUUGACCACAUAAGAGCACUUGACCGGUUGCAGGAAGUACCUCAUGAGGGUCCAAUGUGCGAUCUUCUAUGGUCUGAUCCAGAUGAUCGUGGUGGUUGGGGUAUUUCUCCACGAGGCGCUGGUUACACUUUUGGCCAAGAUAUAUCGGAGACCUUUAAUCACUCCAAUGGUUUGACUUUGGUCUCGCGUGCACACCAACUGGUUAUGGAGGGUUACAACUGGUGCCACGAUAGAAACGUAGUCACAAUCUUCUCCGCACCUAACUACUGUUAUCGUUGUGGCAAUCAAGCAGCUAUUAUGGAGCUUGACGACUCCUUGAAAUAUUCAUUCCUGCAGUUUGACCCAGCACCUAGGAGAGGGGAGCCUCAUGUUACACGCCGAACACCAGACUAUUUCCUGUAGAUUAUUGCUUUUGUUUUUCUUAUUGCCGCCAUCAUGUUACUGCUGUGCCAUGAUGCAGUUAUUGUUGGCUAUUGCCACAAGGGUUUAGUUUGUAUGCUCUUGUUUGACAAGUUAGUCAGUAAUGAUCAUAAUGACAUUAAUUAGCAGUGCUGUAGAAAAUUUUAUUUGAAGUUUUUCAUGGGAAGGGGAUUCAUGAAGGCAGAUUCAAGCGAAUCCCUAGAAUCUACCUUUUAUGUGAAUGAAUCAUUAUUAAGUGGCAGAAAUAUACCAGGAAUAACUAUUUUUGGAGGAAACUGCAGGCACAGUUGCCAUUACUGUUUAAGUAAUGAAUUUUUUUCACAAAGAUAAUUACUUCAAUGUCCAUUCUUUGAUGUUCUCUAUUCCAUAAUUCUGAGAAGUCGUAUGGCUGCAUUUCAGCCUGUGCAAAGGCUGUUGAGGUGGGGCAUUGAAUAUUAGUGCAUUUCAUUAUUUCCACAUUUUUUCCUCCUUCAUAAGACUGCAGGGUCUUUGUGUUUAUCCCUUACAUACUCAUGAAAGUAGCUUUUAUAAGGUAAUCACAAUAGUUUUUGCAACUGGUCAUAUAUAGUAUUAAUAAUAUUGCUCGAAAUAUCAUAAAUACAUAUGUAGCCUUGCAGUGGAUUUUAAGAGCGGAUUUCUCAAUACCUGUAUGUUCAUUGGGACACAUGCCUUAUCUUGAAAGUGCUUGAAAAUUUGCAUGCAUUUUAAGUCUUAGGAGAGAAAUUAACAAUUACUGUAUCAACCUUAAUUUUGUAGUGCAUUUUUGUUCUAGUUCACUAAAGAUUGCAAAGCAAGGGGUAGAAAUCUUAAGUCUUAAAUACAUGCAUACAGUGAGUAUGGUGGAUCUGUCUCCCAAAUUAGUCACCUAAACAGUCAUAGGUCAACUUUUCUUGUCAUGUUUUCCAGCCUAUGCUUCCACUAAGCUUGUGCAUUUCUAGGUUGAUUUCCUGCCUCCUUAGUACUGCCAUAUAAUUGGCCGAUUGCUCUUAAGUUUUGUAUUGCGAUCUUCAAUGUUGGUGGAGACAUAGGUUUUGGAAACUAUAUAUAAUUGAGUACAGACCAAUUUAAUAGUCUAGUUUGUGUAAUAUGAUAUAUCACAGAAAUAUUUUAAAAGUAUUAUGCAGGAUUUAUUGUAUGUAUAAAUAUUAAAUUAUAGGCUUCAGCAAUUUGCCCUUCAUGUCGAGUUCAACUGCAUAAGGAUUCGUAUAUAUAUAUAUAUAUUGUAUACACAUUAUAUAUAUUCUUUUUGCAAAUAUUUAGUAUAAACCUCUUCUCUUUAGGACCAGAGAAUUUUGUUUAUUUUCUAUUGUAGUAAGUAGACUGAGGUUAGAUAAGAGCACAAUUGUCAGGACAUCUGCAUAAAUAUCAUAUUUGCUAAUUUAUUAAUUUCCUUGGUUUAUAUUGGUAAUUGAAUGUGUUGCCCAAGUCGAUCAGUAUGUCUGAUAAAUAGGUUGCAACUAACAGCUGAAAGUUCUCUGUACUGUCAGAUAUUGAUUAUUUGAUACUGAUUCCUUUGUUUCUGUUCACUUGUACGUUACCUUGCUUGUACAAGCCCCUUUUCCUGUGGUUUAAUAUUAAAAUUAUUGCCCACCCUGUGUUAGUAAAGUCACUUUAACCAACAUACUCUGCCAUGGAGGGAUAUAGCCUCAUCGUAACGAGCAAGUCUGUAACUUGAGUAAACCGCAUGGUUGUGUGUGAACAAAUGUAACAAAGACUUAGUUCUACUUCAAUAAAGUGAAAGAAACAAA